CACCACCUGACUUGUUUUGGCGCAUUUACAUAGUCUGGCGGACGGAGCUGUUAGAGCAGAUUGAGUGAAGUUGUCGUCAGCACAGUUGUCUUGGUAGUUAAUAUGCGCUCAGUGAUCUUUUCUGUUACAGGUUAGAAAUGCUGUUGUGGAUGUUUCUCUGCCAGUGGUCAGUAAAUUGGAAAUCUAGCAUAGCCUCCAUGUCCACUUCAUGAUAUUUUUUUCUGUUGAAGAAAUCCAGUCGAUAUUUUCAAUUCAUAGAUUCAGGGUUAGACAUCAAAUCAGUGCAAAUCAAGUCUUAUAUAGAGCACGCGCCGAUGCGCACACUCUCUCUUAGAAUCAACUUGCGCAUAAAAAGGCUCAGCUGUGACACUUCAAAAUGCAUUUCUUUAACACUCUGUAAUAUUUAGUAUUAAAAAGUUUUUGUGCAUGGUGAACAAACGAGUGAAACGAGUAUUCUUUUGCGUUUUUAGGUAAGUCAGUCGAGGGGGGCAAAAAUUCUCAAGGAAUCCAAUGACGCGCGCGACGCCUUUUCAGAACCACGGACAGUUCCACGCGCGCACAGCGUCUCCGAGGCGCGCGCUCAACGCAAACUUCACCCGCUGAAUUCCACUGCUGGAAUUCAGCCAUACAUUUUAAAUGCAAUAUUAGAGCAUUACAAAACUGUCACCAAGGAUACGAAGAAAAAUACACGGACUUAUAACCGGAUGUCUUCAAGUAGAUUCGCUCGGAAUCUGACGAUCAGAGGUGAACUGGACAGGUCAGGUCUCAGUGAUCCAGCAAAGUGGAGAUGCCUCUGUGAGCGCACGGCAAAGCUGCAUUAUCACCACAAUUGCAUAUUCUGAUCGAGCACGAGAUGGCGAUGAUGCUUGAGGUUGGCUACGAUUGCUUACAUGCACACUGAAGUGUCUGAAGUCUUCCCUUAGCACAGCUUGAGCACCAUCCCUUUCCAACACAUAAGAGGACCAAAGAUUGUCAUAAGAUUGACCCACUAAUCUUUCCGCAGCAUGGCUCAGAGGUCCACUCAUUUCGGAGGUCACGGUCCCUCCUGGCCGCUUCAUCUCACUCUUCUGCUGCUUCUAUUGGCCAGGACACCCCAGGCUUUGGCUAUCCCAGGUUACAACACUGACAUCACCAAGAAGGAGAUCAUAAUCGAGGGGGAUCUGGUGAUUGGAGGCCUGUUUCCUGUUCAUCAAAAGGGGGAGGGGGCUCAGGACUGUGGCCGUAUCAAUGCACAGAGAGGGAUUCAAAGACUGGAGGCAAUGCUGCUAGCCCUGGACGAGAUCAAUCAAGAUGAUCAGAUUUUGCCCGGGGUAACGUUAGGUGCCCACAUUCUGGACACUUGCUCUAAGGACACGUACGCACUGGAGCAGUCGCUCGAAUUUGUGCGCGCUUCGCUAACGAAAGUGGACGAUAGUGAGUACACGUGCCCGGAUGGAUCCUACGCCAUCCAUGAUGAUGUUCCGCUCGCAAUCUCUGGAGUGAUUGGAGGCUCCUACAGUGAUGUAUCCAUACAGGUGGCCAAUCUCCUGCGUCUUUUCCAGAUUCCUCAGAUCAGUUAUGCCUCCACCAGUGCGAAACUGAGUGACAAAUCCCGUUAUGAUUACUUUGCCCGGACUGUACCCCCAGACUUCUACCAAGCCAAAGCCAUUGCUGAGAUCCUACGCUAUUUCAACUGGACGUACGUCUCCACCGUUGCCUCAGAGGGCGAUUACGGCGAGACGGGUAUCGACGCCUUUCAGCAAGAGGCCCGGGCUUUGCAAAUCUGCAUCGCCACGUCUGCCAAGGUCAGCCGCUCCAUGGACCGAUUCAGUUACGAUGGAGUAAUCAGGUCUCUGCUGCAGAAGUCCAACGCUAAAGUGGUGAUCCUCUUCACCAGAAGUGAAGACGCAAGAGAGCUCUUGGUUGCAGCGAAGCGCAUGAACGUCUCCUUCAUCUGGGUGGCCAGCGAUGGCUGGGGGGCGCAGGAGAGUGUGGUGAGAGGGAGCGAGAAUGUAGCGGAUGGAGCUUUCACCAUUGAGUUGGCGUCCUAUCCGAUCCCUGAAUUCGCGACGUACUUCACAAACCUCAAUCCUUACAACAACACACGUAACCCCUGGUUCAGAGAGUUCUGGGAAAACCGCUUUCAGUGUAGCCUGCACGACAUUAAUUGCGGGAAAUAUUCUCUCCGGGACGGCAAAUUCGAGCAGGAGUCCAAGAUCAUGUUUGUGGUCAAUGCUGUCUACGCUAUGGCCCAUGCCCUUCACAACAUGAGACAAGCACUGUGCUCAAAUACCACCAAACUCUGCAGUGCCAUGAAACCAGUGAACGGAAAAAAGCUGUACAAGGAGUACAUCCUGAAGAUCAAUUUUGACUCUCCAUUUCGCCCCGCAGAUACAGAAAACAACGUUCACUUUGAUGCUUAUGGAGACAGUCUGGGCCGCUACAACAUCUUCCAUUAUCACAAAGAGAAUGAUGGCUAUGUCUAUAGGAAAGUGGGAUAUUGGGCUCGGGAUUUAAGUCUGAACACAAGCUUGAUUCCUUGGGAAAGCCAAGUGGUGCCCACAUCCCAAUGCAGCGACCCAUGUAGGAAAAACGAAAUAAAGAGCAUGCAGCCCGGUGACGUUUGCUGUUGGAUUUGCAUUCCCUGCCAGCACUACCAGUACCUCCAGGACGAAUUCACCUGUGCGGAUUGUGGCUUCGGACUAUGGCCUCUGGACAAUCUCACGGGCUGCUACAACUUACCAGAAGAGUACAUUCAUUGGGAGGACGCUUGGGCUAUUGGGCCGGUCACCAUCUCUUGCCUUGGCAUGCUCUGCACGCUCUUUGUCAUCGGCCUCUUCAUAAAGAACAAUGAGACCCCGGUGGUGAAAGCAAGCGGACGCGAACUUUCCUAUAUUCUUCUGUUAGGUGUCCUCCUUUGCUAUUGCAUGACCUUCAUCUACAUCAGCAAACCCUCUGCCGUAGUGUGCACGUUACGGCGGCUCGGCCUGGGCACUUCCUUCGCCGUUUGCUACUCGGCGUUGCUGACCAAGACCAACCGCAUCGCUCGGAUUUUCAACGGCGUCAAGGAUGGAGCUCAAAGGCCGAGGUUCAUCAGUCCAGCUUCACAGGUGGCCAUCUGUGCUGGUCUGAUUUCUUGUCAGCUCCUGGUGGUUGUGGUCUGGCUUCUGGUUGAGGCUCCAGGGGUGAGAAAGGAGGUCAGUCCUGAAAGAAGAGACGUGGUGACAUUGAAGUGCAACAGCAAGGAUUCUAGCAUGCUGAUGUCUUUAACCUACAACUGUGUCCUCAUCAUCCUCUGUACAUUUUACGCCUUUAAGACUCGAAAGUGCCCAGAGAACUUCAAUGAAGCCAAGUUCAUCGGCUUCACCAUGUACACCACGUGCAUAAUCUGGCUGGCUUUCCAGCCGAUCUUCUAUGUUACUGCCAGUGACUAUAGGGUACAGACCACUACCAUGUGCAUCUCUGUGAGUCUGAGUGGUUCAGUGGUGCUGGGAUGCCUGUUUGCUCCCAAGAUCCACAUCAUCCUCUUCCAGCCCCAGAAGAACGUCAGUACGCUCAGAGUGGCCACCACUCGAUUCAGUGUGACCACUGGCCCUGGCUCCAGCUUCUCUCAAGCCUCGGCCUCCAACGUAGUGCCUACAGUAUGUAAUGGCAGAGAGGUAGUGGACUCAACAACAUCGUCACUCUGAGAAACAGCAUUCCUGUUUGUUUGCCAAAUGCAGUAUACAGAUAAAUCUUAUCUUCACUAGUCAUGAAAUCAAGUGUUUGCUAAUGUUGAGGAGGCUAUUCGGAAUAAAGAAUGCCUGUUAUGUUGUUCUCAACGUGAUGUGAGUACAAUAUCCCAUUUUGUUUCUCUCUCUCUCUCUCUCUCUCUCUCUCUCUCUCUCUCUCUCUCUCUCUCUCUCUCUCUCUCUCUCUCUCUCUCUCUCUCUCUCUCUCUCUCUCUCUCUCUCUCUGACUAGUUAGAUGAUAUCAGUGGGAUGCCAGUUUAAACUCUGUAUACCUGUUCUUUUUAUGGAAACCAUAAUAAAGUAUUGUUUGAGAUGGAGUUAAGAUAUAGUAAAUCUGUUUAAAGUAUUAUAUACAAGAUGUUUUUAAUGUAGAUUUAUGGUGAUUCUGGUUUGUGCUUUCUUGUAAUUUAUGUAAAUAAAAUGUGUUUUAUAUGAAUACAAGCUCUCCUGGUCGUUUUAACUUGAUAAUGUAUACAUUUGUUCAAUUAAGAAAAUGACACACAUCGACAUCGGCUUUAAAAGAAUUCAAUAUGCAAUGUUCGUGGUAUACAGAAACUUGUACAUUGUCCCCAUCUAGAGGAUGUAGGUGCUCAUCACAUCAAAUUGGUUGAGGUUAAACAUUGGGUUUUAAUAUUAAUUUGUCUUUUAUGUUAAAUGCUAAUUUGUUGCACUGUAUAAAACAAUACCCUGAGUAACCCUUUUAAAAUACAGGUGAUUUGCAAGUGCAAUAAAUGAUGUUCCUAAUGUCAUUGCGCAUACAGUCAUUUAGCAACCAUAAAUAAAUAAAUAAACCAGUCGGAAAAAUAAAAAGACAAAAUGCUGCUAUUACUGCACUAUAAAUGUAAUUUACACACAUCAGUCUACCGAAGGACCAUGUCUCAUAGACAAAACAUUAUAUUCUUUAUAUCCUUUAUAUUUAUAUCCUUCAUCUAAUAACAAUGUCCACAUUUGCAGGCUAUCACUGACCCAUAAUUUAUAUAUUGCACACUCAAGCACUGGUGGUGAAAUGACAAU